AUGGCAUCAAUCGCUAGAUCAACCCUCUGCCGCUCGCUGGCCACAGCCGCCAGACCCAGCGUCUCCUUCCGCAUCGCCAAUGCCCAACUCUCGCGACCCUUCUCAAUCACCUCUGCGACCCUCGCAAAGAAAUACACCCAAGACCACGAAUGGAUAGACCUCCCCUCGGGCUCUUCAACCGCCACAAUCGGCAUCUCCACCUACGCAGCCAACGCCCUCGGCGACGUCGUCUUUGUCGAACUGCCCACCAAAUCCCUCGAAGUCUCGUCUGGCGACACAAUCGGCAGUGUCGAGUCUGUAAAGUCCGCUUCUGACAUCAUGACCCCGGUGUCUGGCACCAUUGUCGAGGGCAACUCGGUGCUAGAGGAGAAACCGGGUACGAUCAACAGAAGUCCCGAGGGUGAUGGUUGGAUUGCAAAGAUCGAGGUCAGGGAUCCAAAGGAGAUUGAGGCGUUGAUGGAUGAGGCUGCUUAUAAGAAGUUUACCGAGGAGAGCGAGGAGUAG